AUGGCAACCCCGAUCUGCAUCCCGAGCUGCUCUGCUGGGUCUCUCAAGGGCCUCUGCAGCACAGCAGGUGGCAUUUCUCGGUUGUCCUCUGUCCGCUCUGUGGGCUCCUGCAGGGUGCCUAGCCUUGCUUGUGCUGGAGGGUCCAUCUCCUCAGUUAGGCUGGGCCUUUCAGGCCUUGGGAGCUGCUUGCCGGGCCCCUACCUGUCUCCCGGGUACCACCCCUCUGGCUUUGUUGGGAACGGGGCCUGGCUCUGCGAGGGCUCCCUCAAUGGCAACGAGAAGGAGACCAUGCAGUUCCUGAACGACCGCCUGGCCAACUACCUGGAGAAGGUGCGGCAGCUAGAGCGGGAGAACGCAGAGCUGGAGACCAAGAUCCGGGAGUGGUAUGAGUGUCAGAUCCCAUACAUCUGCCCGGACUACCAGUCCUACUUCAAGACCAUCGAGGAGCUCCAGCAGAAGAUCCUGCUGACCAAGGCUGAGAAUGCCAGGCUGACUCUGCAAAUUGACAAUGCCAAGCUGGCUGCCGACGACUUCCGGACCAAGUACGAGCACGAGGUGUCCCUGCGGCAGCUGGUGGAGGCCGACAUCAACGGGCUGCGCAGGAUCCUGGACGAGCUGACCUUGUGCAAAGCCGACCUGGAGAUGCAGGUGGAGUCCCUGAAGGAGGAGCUGCUGGGUCUCAAGAAGAACCAUGAGGAGGAAGUCAACGCACUCCGUUGCCAGCUUGGGGACCGACUGAAUGUGGAGGUGGAUGCCGCCCCACCGGUGGACCUCAACAAGAUCCUGGAUGAUAUGCGGUGCCAGUAUGAGGCCCUGGUGGAGAACAACCGCAGAGACGUGGAGGCCUGGUUCAACACCCAGACCGAGGAGCUGAACCAGCAGGUGGUGUCCAGCUCGGAGCAGCUGCAGUGCUGCCAGACAGAGAUCAUCGAGCUGCGACGCAAUGUCAAUGCCCUGGAGAUCGAGCUGCAGGCCCAGCUCAGCAUGCGGAAUUCCUUGGAAAACACGCUGGCUGAGACCGAGGCCCGCUACAGCUCCCAGCUGGCCCAGAUGCAGUGCAUGAUCAGCAAUGUGGAGGCCCAGCUGGCCGAGAUCCGCUGUGACCUGGAGCGGCAGAACCAUGAGUACCAGGUCCUGCUGGACGUCAAGGCCCGUUUAGAGUCUGAGAUCUCCACCUACCGCCGCCUGCUGGAGGGAGAAGAUUGCAAGCUUCCUCCUCACCCCUGUGCCACAGAAUGCAAGUCUGCUGUGAGGGUUCCUUACAUCCCGAGUGUGCCCUGCGGCCCGGGUCCCCAGCUCAGCACCCAGAUCCGCACCAUCACCGAGGAAAUCAGGGAUGGGAAGGUCAUUUCCACCAGGGAGCACUUGCAGCCCUGCCAGCUGUGA